UAAACAAAAAAGUCAUAUUCGCAGUUUCUUUCAACAAGAAAGGCAGUCAAGUGCUGUGCAAGUGAUAUUUUGUGAAUAAAAUGUGAUAUUAUUUUGUGUAAAUUGAACACCGCAGCACCAUUAUAUUGAGUUGGAUGCAUACGUACAAGUUUUGGUGGCGUUACAGAGUUAACAACAAAUAAUCGGUUCGGUGUGUCGUUUACUGUGUGCCUUCGUUUUUGAACCGCAUCUCUUUCCUGGCACCAUCGUUAUUCCACGGCGGAGAAUGUAAUCUAAUCUUCCCCGGUAGAGGUAGGCAGGCAGAGCAGAACUGUUCGUUUGUGAGUGAGCCUGAAUCUUAUCGGUGCCAACAUCGUGUCUUGUGCGCUUCCAAUCUGAGCGAUACCGUGCAGUGGCAGCUGAUAUUUUAAUUUCGUUUUGGGAUAUUUCAUUCUGACGCAUCUUGAAGAGGAUCAAAUCUUCAAAAGAGUGAAGCUUGAGGAGUGACGGAUAUACUUCAACUGCAUGCUUACAAGUUCCCGAUGUAUAAGGCAACUCACUUUGGGCGGACAUUCGCAGGUUGUAAAAAUGUACUCCAAGGUGUCGUAACUUGUCGCGCAUUCGGAACGAACCCCAAAGCUAAGCUGCGCAAAGUAUUGGUUGUGUCGAAACUAACGCGACUAGAAUUCGAGAAAACCCGUGACCAAGCCCUCAGCGAUGAAAGGCUGGAGCAUAAAAUUCGCAACCGCGGCUCGGACUACGAUGCGAUGAAAUACUAUCACCACCUGCACAAGGAUGUCGAGGCAGAGGUGGUGAAAUCAUUCCGCGAGCAAGGAAUCGAAGUGAAGGUCGUAACGCGAUUGACCAUCAACAAGCAUCUCCUGCGAUGGGCAGACAUGUUGGUGCCCGUUGGAGGCGAUGGAACGUUCCUGCUGGCAGCCGGGCGUGCUAGUCCGUUCAUAUUGAACGGAUCGAGCAAGAUGCCCGUAGUGGGAUUCAAUUCGGAUCCUAGGAGAUCGGAGGGAAGGCUUAUGCUUCCCAAGCACUACUCCAGUAACGUAGAGGAAGCCGUAAAACGUAUCAUUUCCGGCGACUUCAACUGGAUGCAGCGAUCACGAAUCCGGAUAACGCUAAUAGGAGCAACUACGACGGAACGUCCACCGCCAAUCGAUUUACAUGAGUACAACGUGGCUCAGGUGGAACAUAAAGAUGUGAUCAAUGGUUCUGAGGAAGGCAGCAACAAUAGGAUUUUACCGUACUUAGCGUUAAACGAGGUGUUCAUCGGAGAAAUGCUGUCAGCACGAGUUUCUCAUCUUCACCUUCGACUCGACAAAUCGGACGUGGUAACGAAAACCAAAAGCUCUGGGUUGUGCGUCAGCACGGGGACCGGCUCCACAUCGUGGCUGACGAGCAUGAACCGACUGUCGACGAACAACGUAAAGGAUCUUAUCGAUAUAAUAAAACGGCGAACGCAGGCCAGUUCGCUGAAUGGAAUCGAUCCGGAAGCCGUGUCGGAGGAGUACAACCAUAAUUUGGUUUACCCACCGGACGAUCCCCGGCUGUGCUACUCAAUUAGAGAGCAGAUUUGUGUCGGGGUUUGGCCCAACCCGAAAGGACUCGAAUCGAGAGGAUUUGCUAAGCAAAUUACGGUGAAGUCCAGGUGCAUUGAUGCAAGCUUAGUGAUAGACGGCAGUAUUGCGUACAACUUUAACGACGGAGCGAAGGCGCUACUCGAGGUACACCCGGAGGACGCGCUGCAGACCAUCGACAUGAAAUGAAAUUACGAUUCAUCCAUCCGGAAGCGGAAAGUGCAACCAACAGGCUGGUCAGAUGGAAUUGAAACAACGUCGGGAUAAAGUUACAUAGGAAAAUUAUCUGUCACGUGCCGAUGAACGGCACUGAUACAAAAACUAGACGACUUCAUACUGAUAUCCAUUUUGUUAUCAUUAUCAUCGUGUUUUAAAUUAUUGUUAGUGUAUUUUUACAGAUGGAGGUUCACGCAUUUAUUUAUCACCGCAACAAACAAAAGUGCUGGAAUAUACACGGAUAGUUGUAAAUAAAA